AUGAAGUUGCCGCUGUAUCAGUCGAGGGAGUUUUUUGUUAAGACAGAUUUGCGAUUGAGUGUCGAACCCAAAGCUCUCACCACGUCGUCGUCGUACGACGAUGUCAUACCUCAUCUGCGAGGAGGGUUGGCCGCUGUUACGUCUCCAGUAUCAGAGUUGAACGACGAAGCAAUCGAAAACCAAGCACGUGAUGCUACAGCAAGGCCAAGCGAAGGGCCAUGGCAUGUCGGUGUCCCGUCCAUCAGUCAAGCCGCCACCAGUUCACCUCUGCUCAACGAGCACGACCAAGUCGAGACAACUCCAACGACACCAUCCUCCUCUCAAACAUCGUCACCUACAUCAAGAAAGCCGACGGCGGCCGUGGGAGCGUUCGUGCCCCACCCGGACGUGGGUGUCGACGACGUGCAGAGAAGUCGCAUGCUGGCCAUCCGUGGCGCCAUGCAACAUGCGUGGUCGGGCUACGAAACACACGCGUUUGGUGCGGACGAAGUGGGACCGGUGUCCGGCGACCGCAAGCAAGACGUGUGGGGGGGGCUGGGCGUGACGCUCGUGGAUGCAUUGGACACGUUGUACAUCAUGGGCAUGGCGGAUGAAUUCCAGCGCGCGCGCGACUGGGUGGCGACGGAGCUGGACUUCACGCACUUGGGCAAAGACGGCGACAACAUCAGCGUGUUUGAGAUCACGAUCCGCGAGCUGGGUGGACUGCUCAGUGCGUACGAUCUGUCGGGGGACGACGCAUUCAGGGCCAGGGCCGUCGAGCUCGGCGAGUUGCUACUUCCAGCCUUUGCCAACGGCGUCUUCUACACACAGUUCAACGUGUUCAAACAGACCAAGGCCAUGAACGGGUGGACCGGCUAUAGGGGGCUGCUGGCGGACUUGGGCACACUACAGCUGGAGCUCCGGCGCUUGUCGGACGUGACGGGCAACCCCAUCUACGCCGAACGGGGCGAUGCGUUUUACGACAUUGUGCAACGCGAAGGCUCGUACGAACACACUGGUCUCUUCCCCGUGCAUUUCGAAGUCGAAUCUGGCACGUUUUCGACGUCCAACUCGCUGAUUACGAUUGGCGCGUUGGGCGAUUCGUUCUACGAGUACUUGCUCAAGGUGUGGCUGUACAGUGGCCAGCGCCAGUCGGACGCGUUCCUGAGAGACCUGUACAACGACGCCGUGCAAGGCAUCGAAACCUCCCUGCUGCGGUACUCCAAGCCCGACGAUGCAUAUUACCUGCAAGAAGUGACCAUCCCUGGCUUCAGCGGCCAGCCAAAGCAAGACCACUUGCUGUGCUUUGUGCCUGGGAUGCUGGCACUCGGUACGUUGACGGACACGGACCCCGCGCGCGUCGUCAAGCAUCUAGACAUGGCCAAGAAACUCAUGAAGACGUGCUACAACUUGUACAGCAGACAACCCACGGGACUGGCGCCGGACAUCGUGACGUUCCCUGGCUUUGCCGUGGCCGAUUCGCGCUAUCGACUCCGGCCCGAGACGGUGGAGAGCCUCAUGUAUUUGUACCGCGUGACCAAGGACCCGAUGUACCAAGACUGGGGUUGGCAGAUCUUUAAAGCGAUUGAGAAGCACGCCAAGACCUCGUUUGGCUACGGUGCCGUGCUCAACGUGGACAGUGCCGCGGCCGCCCACGUCGAAGACAAGAUGGAGAGCUUCUUCCUCGCUGAGACGCUCAAGUACCACUACCUGCUCCAGAGCGCGCCGUCGUUUGUGCCGUUGGACAAGUUUGUGUUCAACACGGAAGCGCAUCCGUUUCGCGUGAAGGCACGAGGAGGAUAA